CACCCAACUGAGUUUAGACACAAACCCACCAGGAGAAAAAAAAAAAAGAGUCAAGAAAAUGAUGAAAUAUGGAGAGAUAUCGCAUUUUAGUCACCCAAACCACAAACUCAAGUUCGACUUCACUGAUAUCCCAUUCAAAUGCGACGGAUGCAAGGAGAUCGGCGUCGGCUCCCGGUACCACUGCCCGUGCGAUUUCGAUCUCCACGCUCACUGUGCCUUGCCCUUCUCCUCGGCCGCCCCCUUAACGCACCCGUUCUACAAGAAAUGCUCGUUCGAGUUCUUGUCUCGGCCGCCGGGAAAGAGCCCUAGGUAUUGCAAUGCGUGUGAAAAGGACGUCGCGGGGUUCGUGUACCAUUGCAGGGAAUGUGGGUUCGAUCUCCAUCCGUGCUGCGCAAUGCUUCCUAUGGCGCUGGAUGAUGGAGAGCUCAAGCUUUACUUGUACCGUAAAGUGAGUUCCCCCUGUUUGAGGUGUGGGAGAAAAGGCCGAAGUUGGAGUUAUAGGUCAUCGUGCAAGAAAUACAAUAUACACGUGGCGUGCGUACGGGAGAUGCUGGUGGAGAACUGGAGAGAGCUGUACAAUGGGCAAAACGGUAAAAGCGCAGGAGGUCGGAUACCUAGCUUGAAGAAUACGCACCAGCACCGCCACCGAAGCAAAGGAAAGGUGCACAAGUGCUGCGAGAUCGCCGGAAUCGCCGUACAGUUCGUCAUCUCCGCCGUGCUCGGUGACCCCACCGCCAUAAUCGCCGGCGUCAUCGGAUCCCUCAUCUCCAGAGCCUGACACACAUCUUCCGGGGGUAAUUUCGUCCUUUUCGCUUUGCGUUCAGCACUUGGCGUACGCAUAUAUGUGUGUGUGUAUUGGCGUACGUGUGUACAUAUGUGCGGGCCUCUUGUGAAUGAAUAAAACAGCACAUUAGGACAUUACACUAUUAGAUAAAACGUAUGGUUACUAUUAUAAUAUUGUAUAAAAUUUAAUCUACAGUAAAAAAAUUAAUUAAAUUGAUGGAAAUUUUAAUUAUAUGUGAAUUUGGAAAAUUAUAGUUAUUUUAUAUAUUAACCUUUUGGAUUGAAUAGCCCAAGUUCAAGCAGGCAGGUGCAAUGGAUUGACAAACCGAUAUCCCCCCUUAGGUGACAGAAUCUUUGACUUCCCCCUGUCUCCGUACAGAAUCUGCAUGCUGAGCUGGCACACAUUACAACCAUCUACGGGCUAAUAAUAAGAUUCGACCUCCCACAAGGCAUCACUCGAGUUCUUUUUCAGAAGAACAGGACGAGCCAAAGCCGCAGCAGCCAGAACCAGCAGGAUGGAUCGGACUGGUCAUACACGCGAAACAUUCAGAUGCUGCUAUGGAUCACCCGUGAAGUCACAUGGCACUGGUCUGGCCUGUCGGAUGGGACAUAGAUCUAAGAUCCACCGACGGCGAGGAGACGAGAUCAUACCUUACUCAGAUAACCUGAACGACGUUCAGAUAAACCGAAAACCAGUUUAUGUUUUACUGAUAGGAAAAACUGCUCCUUAUAUAGGAGUUACAGUUGAAAAGAAACUAGGAAAUCUUAUCUCUAUGUUCCCUAAAUCAGGAUAAAUGGAAAAUACCCAAGAAUUCGUUAUUAA